CAGUGGCUGCUGUCAUUCUGGAACAAGAGGAAAAAGGAAGCGACGGUUCCGUCUUGUUUUGUUUAGCUGUUGCAUGCAGCUAAUCUCGGUGCCGAAAUGCGCAUCGAAAAGUGUUAUUUCUGUUCGGGACCAGUGUAUCCUGGACAUGGAGUCAUGUUUGUACGGAACGACUGUAAGAUGUUCAGAUUCUGCAAAUCAAAAUGCCACAAGAACUUCAAGAAGAAGCGUAACCCAAGAAAGACAAGAUGGACCAAAGCUUUCAGAAAGGCUGCUGGAAAAGAGUUGACUGUGGACAAUUCUUUGGAGUUUGAGAAACGCAGAAAUAUUCCAGUGAAAUAUAACCGGCAACUUUGGGACAAGACAGUUGAGGCAAUGAAGAAGGUGGAGGAAAUAAAAGUGAAACGACAGGCAAGAUUUAUCAUGAACAGAUUAAAGAAGGGCAAACAGCUGGAGAAAGAAGAGGCCAUCAGCGAAGUCAAGAAAAAUAUUCACCUCAUCAAAGCUCCACAUGCAGGCAAAGCCAAACAGCUGGAAGACAAAAUGGUGCAGAGGUUACAAGAAGAUGUGGAAAUGGGGGAUGAAGAUGAUUAACUUAAAACUCACUCGUUGUUUUGUUUCUUUGCUUAAACGUGGCUCCUUCAUUUUAUUUGAAGUUUAUGUUUCCAGAAAUAACAGCAGACACAGUUAUAAUGGACAUGAGUUGUUGUUGUUUUUAAAUAAAAUGAAUCCAUAGCUGCCUGUCAA